CUUUCCUAUAUUGGGCAUCCCGACAAUACCAAUUUUUAAAUGAUUUCCAGGACGUCCCAAACGACGUCGGGAUGGUUCUGGCUUUGCAAGAAAAGCUUGGCAAUUUGAAAACGAUCGAAGGACUUUUGGUCGUGCUGAUGCACACCUAUUCUGUAACACUAUCCUUGUACCAAAGUAAUUCAUUAUAGAAAGCAAAUUUCCAAGUCAAAAGCUUCUUCAGUUGGUUUUUAUAAAAUUCUGGUUAGAUUACUAAUUAAUUACCGUUCAAACGAAGGAUUUUUUGGGACUUCAUUCAAUUUGGUUGAGAUGGAGAUUCAAAUUGGUGAUAGACGACAGAACCUAUACCAAUAUGGGGGAUUUAUAAACAUUUUCGAUUAUAAUGUGAAUCAAUUUGAAAGUGCAGACUCUAUCGCCGAAAUAUAUAUCCAAGACGGCCAGGUAUUCUUUCGCAAUAUUCAGUCUAGGGCCACAUUUCAAAAGCUCCGGUUGCUUCCUUCGCCUAGUGAAAAAAAGCUUUUUUACCAUAUUCCGUUAUAUGAAACACUGUAUAUUAAUGACAUAAAAACUAUUAUUCUACCCGGAAGCUCGAAUUCAUCUUUUGAGGGUGUUAAUAAUAGCUUUAAAACUGGAACUACGACUAUUCCAAAUACUCCACAAAAGCCUUCUCAACCUCAAUUAUCCUCCCUCACAGAGCCUAGGGUAAACAAGCCGUAUAUUUUUGACACAAAAUCUGAAACCAAGCUUCAACCGGUAUGGGGAAAGAAAAGUUCAGCUCCUUACGGCCAGCUCUCGCACAUUGCUCCAGAAACAACCACGCUUGAUUUAGAAAAAGAAUUGUUUGCUCACGACGUUCCAGAAUCUCAACCAAAUGAAAAGGAUUCCAAGGAUACCAUGGUGAAGGAACCAUCGACGCUUAUGAAACCCGAGGAAGAGAGAGACUCCAAAGAAAAUCAAGAUACUUUAUCUUCUGUGGAAAACUCUGAUUUAAAAGAGAGUACUGGAGCUGAUGAAGAAAAAGUCGCUGAAAUGAAGCCUAACCGUUCAUUUGAACAAGGGGCUGCUCAUGAAUCGGACACAACGAAUGAAGAAGAAAAUAAUAUUCCUUCAACUCCUGCAGGAAUAAAUGAUUUAACAAAUAGAGAAACUUCAGAAAAAGAAAACCAGCAAUUUAAGGAAGGAAAAGUACCGCCUGAAGAAGAGCAAGGAAAAUUUCUUCACGACCAACAGACACAUCCCAAUGUAUCAGGAUCAGAAGAAGAUUUCAAUAUAGAAGGCAAGGAAAACAUUGAGGAAAAGUUCCCACAACCCGUAUCUGCCAAUCUAUCGGACCCAACUCCAGAGAGAAAGGAGGAUAUUGAAGAACAUCAAAAGGAAGUACAGACAAGUCAGCAAAUUUUACAGGAAACAGAAGAAAAUGAAUCGAAAGAUUUAGAGGUCCAAGAACAAGAGAAAGAGGAGGAAGAAAUUCCUCUGACGAAUUAUACGUUUCCAUCAUCUUCCGCUUCCAAUGAAGAACAUAAGGAUUCUCAAUCGCAACCGGAAGGUAUAAGUAUUGUUACCUCUAGCUUCAAUUUGACGAAACCUAUGCAAGCUUUUGCAAGAAGAAAAGGUAUCAAAAUACAAGACUCUGUUACGGAUACAACAGACUGUAUUAUCCUUGGACCUCCUCCUCUUCGUAGAACACAUAAAUUUUUACUAGCAACUUCUCUUGGGAAGCCACCAGUUUCUUCUCGAUAUAUACUGGAUUCCAUGAAAGAAGGUACGCUACUCAAUUACCAUGCUUAUUUAUACGAAGACCAACAGGCAGAAGAAAAAUGGAAGUUUUCUUUAAAAGCUGUUCACAGAAGGAAAUGUUUACAGGAAUUAAAGUUUUAUAUUACUACAGCUAUGCGGAAUUCCAUGGUAGGAGAUUCUAUCCAAGGACUGUACUCUAUCAUGAAAACAUCCGGUGCUAAAGUUGUUGAAGACAUUCAAGAAGCUCAGAAUCCACAAGUUAUCAUUUUAGGCUUACCAGCUAAUGAUGAAGAGGGCUACAACAUGUUUUCUACGGGUUUACGAGUUUAUAAAAUGGAGUUAGUAGCUCUCUCUAUUCUUCGUGAUAAAAUUGAUUUUGACGAGUUUAUUAUUGAUUAUUCUCAAAGGGGCACAACUUCAACUGGAUCUUCUGGAAUGUCGGGACGAAACAGAAAACGCAGUUCUCGAUCUUCUUUCAGCAAGUCCCGAUCAAAAGAACAAAAGACUUGAACAUGAUUUUUAUAGAAAGAGAUUUUAUUGAAUGAAUCUUUUGGACGUUGAGAGAAAGUAGACUAUGGUAGCGAUAUCAUUC